UGUGGGCAACAAAACUGUGGCUGCUGUUUUUGGGGAUAUGCAAAUAAAGAAUCCUCGUUCAGCGUUUGAUUAACUUACGACGACAUUGACGAACGCCCGAUGACAUUAAUUUUACACAGGGGCUUACAUUUGUACGACAGCGCUUCGCGCUUAUCAGCUACCUGUUAACUGUAUGCACAUGCUUACAUAUGUUGUUUAUUAUCUUUGGUUGUGCAUAAACAACACGCGUUUGACGUAAUAACUAGAGAAAGAGUCGGCGGAGAGAGCAAGUCAGCAACGGUUUUAAGCUCUCCAGGGAUGGGUUGAAUGGAAACAUUUAAAUUCUUCCCCUAUUCUAACGGAUCCCCUUCAGAAAUUUCCCAAUUCCGCUGCACCAUUCCUGUCCCAGCGGCUAAUCCACCUAUCCAUGCCCAGCGUUGCGGAUGCUCCAGGUAGAGCCGUCCAUACUGCCUGCCCAUCCCGACCAAAUGGUUUUAUGACUGUCAUACGUAUAACAGCCUGAUCGACCCUUAGCAAACACCCUCCACGAUGAGAUUCCAGCAGCUGCUGCAAGUGCGCAGAUUGGCCAGCGCCGGGGCCACCACCACCACCUGGAUGCGGCGAGCCACCCCCUCCUCGCUGGCAGCCCACCCCUCCGGGGGCACCUCACACAUCCUGUCCACCAUGCUCACUGUGCGCACGAUGGCGGGCAGUGGGGCGGCGAUUCCGGAACUCACCGAGAUCACGGACAAUGUGCAGCGCGGCAACUACGCCACUUUGACCGACAAGGACGUGGCCCACUUCGAGCAGCUCCUGGGCAAGAACUUCGUCCUCACCGAGGACCUGGAGGGGUACAACAUCUGCUUCCUCAAGAGGAUUCGCGGCAACAGCAAGCUGGUCCUGAAGCCCGGCAGCACCGCCGAGGUGGCCGCCGUCCUGAAGUACUGCAACGAGCGCAGGCUGGCGGUGGUGCCCCAGGGAGGCAACACGGGCCUGGUGGGCGGCUCCGUGCCCAUCUGCGACGAGAUCGUGCUCUCGCUGGCGCGGCUCAACAAGGUGCUCUCCGUGGACGAGGUGACCGGCAUCGCCGUCGUGGAGGCGGGCUGCAUCCUCGAGAACUUCGACCAGCGGGCCAGGGAGGCGGGCCUGACGGUGCCCCUGGACCUGGGCGCCAAGGCGAGCUGCCACAUCGGGGGCAACGUGUCCACCAACGCGGGCGGCGUGCGCGUGGUGCGCUACGGCAACCUGCACGGCUCCGUGCUGGGCGUGGAGGCGGUGCUGGGCACGGGCCAGGUCCUGGACCUGAUGUCCAACUUCAAGAAGGACAACACCGGCUACCACAUGAAGCACUUGUUCAUCGGGUCCGAGGGCACGCUGGGCGUGGUCACCAAGCUCUCGAUGCUCUGCCCGCACUCCUCGCGGGCGGUCAACGUGGCCUUCAUCGGGCUGAACUCCUUCGACGACGUGCUGAAGACCUUCGUCAGUGCCAAGCGCAACCUGGGCGAGAUCCUCAGCUCCUGCGAGCUGAUUGACGAGCGCGCUCUGAACACCGCCCUCGAGCAGUUCAAGUUCCUCAACUCCCCCAUCUCGGGCUUCCCCUUCUACAUGCUGAUCGAGACGUCGGGCAGCAACGGCGAUCACGACGAGGAGAAGAUCAACCAGUUCAUCGGCGACGGCAUGGAGCGCGGCGAGAUCCAGGACGGCACCGUCACCGGGGACCCCGGCAAGGUGCAGGAGAUCUGGAAGAUCCGCGAGAUGGUCCCCCUGGGGCUGAUCGAGAAGAGCUUCUGCUUCAAGUACGACAUCUCGCUGCCGCUGCGCGACUUCUACGGCAUCGUGGACGUGAUGCGGGAGCGCUGCGGCCCCCUGGCGACGGUGGUCUGCGGCUACGGCCACCUGGGCGACUCCAACCUGCACCUGAACGUCUCCUGCGAGCAGUUCACCGACGAGAUCCACAAGCGGGUGGAGCCCUUCGUCUACGAGUACACCUCCAAGCUGAGGGGCAGCAUCAGCGCCGAGCACGGGAUCGGGUUCCUCAAGAAGGACUACCUGCACUACUCCAAGGACCCGGUGGCCAUCGGCUACAUGCGCGACAUGAAGAAGCUGCUGGACCCCAACGGCAUCCUCAAUCCCUACAAGGUGCUCAACUGAAGUCCGGGCUCUAAUAAUCGCUAGUUUUACGAUUGAGAUUUUUUUUGUAAUUUCCAUAUGUGUGUCAGUAAUAAAGUGCAUCAGAUCUAGUUUAAAACUCUAAA